AUGGAAUUUCGAGCUCUUCUUAUUAACUUAUUUAAUCAAUUGGCAGAUAAUGAUCGUCAAGCAUUACAUUUUGUUGUUGGUAAUAAAGUUCCACGUAAAGAUCGAGAUAAUUGUACACCUUCUGGUAGUUUAAAUCUUCUUGAUUCUCUUUUUGAUCGAAAUUUAAUUACUGGACAAAAUUUUGAUUAUUUAAUUAAUGUAUUUGAACAAAUUAAUUGCAAUGAUAUUUCAGAGCAACUCAAAGAAUAUAAAUUACAUUCUAUAAAAACAUCGAUCGCUGCGUCAAUAUCAUUAGAAUUAUCAUUAUUUGAUGAAUCUGUAUUGGAUAUUGAAGAAGAUAAAAUGCGAAGUGUUUCUAAACUAUUUUAUAUUAUGAAAGAAGGAUUACAAUAUGGUGAUAAUAGUCCUAUUCAGAAUGAGACGUUUAACGAUGCCAAAGAUCAUGAAUUAUUCUAUGCUGAUCGAUGUAUCGGUGUUGAAUUGAAAUGGUCUAGUAGCGCUUUGUUCUCUAUUCAAUUCUUAUAUUCCAACAAUCGACUAUCAAAUUUACGUACUACUACUUCUACUACUGAAAACAAAGAACUAUCUAUUCUCUCAUCUCGACUCUCAAAUAACUUCAUGUUGAAUUCAAAUGAAGAGAUUAAUAAAAUAAAUUUAUAUCAAAAUUUAUCUCAGAAAAACUUUACUAUAAUCGGUAUACAAUUUUAUACAACUAAUGGAAGAAAAACCAAUAUAUUUGGUUCAAAUGAUGGGCAUUUUAUAACUGAAUCAUUUGAACAUUAUACAUUUGGAUAUGCUAAAGGCAGACAAGAAAAGGAAAAAGGAAUAGAAAUGCUUCAAUUUAUCUGGUUCAAACAUUCUUCUAUGGAAGAACAGAUAGCUACAGUGCCUCGUAAGAUGUUAGAAAUGUGUGAAUUUACCUUUACUAGCCUCAAAGAUCUUAAAUUUGUACAUGCCAAAGGUAUUGAAUCUUCAUGGUACAAUCUUAAGCACAAAUUCAAUCGACAAGGUGCUGAAUGUGAUCCAACAGCAUCAUAUUACGAAAAAAUUAGUAAACGAGGUCCUGAAUUAUUUGCCAUCGUUAAUAAUACUUCAGUUUUUUAUCAUGGUAACGAUGAAUGGUCUAAAUAUCACAGUGCAGCAAAUAUUACAUGUAAUCUUAUCCCAAAGGAACUAUAA